CUGUUCAGUCGGGGUUUGGUUUGUGUUUACAGCAGCCUGAGUUCUGUUGAUGGUUAAUGUAAUACGAUGUUAUGUCAACCAUCUUCGGAAUAAACACACAUUGUGGACACAGGUGAUUUUACUCAUUUAAACCUCAUUCAUGAAUGCGCCUGGCUUGGUUUAGCAGUCAUGGAUGACAAGGCCUCGGUUGGGAAAAUUAGCGUGUCGUCCGACUCGGUGUCCACCCUCAACAGUGAGGACUUUGUGCUGGUGUCCCGGCUGGGGGACGACACCCCGUCCACUAAUAACGGUAGCGAUGACGAGAAAACAGGACUCAAGGUGAUUUCUGAGGAAGGGGUGCGCUUGAAGAUCGUGGGUAACGGUAGCGAGCAGCAGUUACAGAAGGAGCUGGAGGAUGUUCUGAUGGACCCAUCGGUUGCCGACCUGGCGGGAGGGGGUGGCGACAUGGCUGCAGGGGAUCAUGGGUACCCCACCACAGCGGCCCCGCCUCCCCAGCAGAGCCCUGCCCCCCUCAGCAGCGCUGCACCCAGUGCCCUGCCCAAACUAGAGAUGGUGCUGCCAGUCCAGUCGUCUCAAGAGAGCCAGCUGAACGAGCAGUCAUACAGGGACGAGUCGUCGGAGGCGAGCCCUGGCACCCCGGUGCCGGACGAGGACAGCGUGGUGUUCAAUAAGCUGACGUACCUGGGCUGUGCGUCGGUGAACGCCCCCCGCAGUGAGGUGGAGGCACUGCGCAUGAUGGCAAUCCUCAGGAGCCAGUGCCAGCUGCCCCUUGAUGUCACACUCUCUGUGCCUGGAGUCUCUGAGGGCACUGUCAGGUUGCUGGACCCCCAGACGAGUACAGAGAUCGCCAACUACCCCAUCUACAAGAUUCUGUUCUGUGUGCGGGGCCACGACGGCACGCCAGAGAGCGACUGCUUCGCCUUCACCGAAAGCCACCACAACGCAGAAAUCUUCCGCAUCCACGUCUUCCGCUGCGAGAUCCAAGAGGCGGUCAGCCGGAUUCUGUACAGCUUCGCCACGGCCUUCCGGCGGUCAGCCAAUAAGGCCCCUCUGGCGGCACAGGCCCCGCCCCUGACUCCAGACAGCGACGUCUUCACCUUCACCGUCAGCCUGGAGAUCAAGGAGGAUGAUGGGAAGGGAACGUUCAGUGCCGUAUCCAAAGACAAGGACAGGCAGAGCUUUAAGCUGCGCCCUGGCAUGGACAAGAAGAUCGUCAUCUACGUCCAGCAGACUUCUAACAAAGAGCUGGCCAUUGAGAGGUGCUUUGGUCUGUUGUUGAGUCCAGGCAAGAAUGUGAAGAACAGCGACAUGCACCUGCUUGAACUGGAGUCAAUGGGAAAGAGCUCAGAUGGGAAGUCUUACAUCAUCACAGGUAGUUGGAACCCAAACACACCUCACUUUCAAGCUGUCAAUGAGGAGACCCCCAAAGAUAAGUUCAUGUACAUGACGACGGCGGUGGACCUGGUGAUCACGGAGGUGGAGGAGCCGGUGCGCUUCCUGCUGGAGACGCGGGUCAGGGUGUGUUCGCCCAGCGAGAGGCUCUUCUGGCCCUUCAGCAAGCGCUCCUACACAGAGACCUACUACCUGAAGCUCAAACAGCUGGAGCGCAAGGAGAGGAAGAGUAACACGGACACGCUGUACGAGGUGGUGAGUCUGGAGAGCGAGGCCGAGAGGGAGAGGAAGAAAACCACGGCCACGCCCAACCUCCUGCAGUCCGCCUCACACGGCUCCACGGUGCCCUCCCCACCUGAGGAUGAGGAGGAGGAAGAUAACGAUGAGCCUCUGCUGAGUGGCUCUGGAGACGUGUCUAAGGAGUGUGCAGAGAAGAUCCUGGAGACAUGGGGAGACCUGCUGUCUAAAUGGCACUUGAAUCUGGCGGUGCGGCCCAAGCAGCUCCCGUCGCUCGUCCGCAGCGGCAUCCCAGAAGCCCUCAGGGGCGAGGUGUGGCAGCUCCUGGCCGGUUGCCAUAACAACGACCAUCAGGUGGAGGAGUAUCGUACGCUCAUCACAAAAGAGUCGCCCCAGGACAGCGCCAUCACCAGAGACAUCAACCGCACAUUCCCAGCGCACGACUACUUUAAGGACACCGGUGGCGACGGACAGGACUCCCUGUACAAGAUCUGCAAGGCCUACUCGGUGUACGAUCAGGAGAUUGGCUACUGCCAGGGACAGUCCUUCCUUGCUGCUGUGCUUCUGCUACAUAUGCCAGAGGAGCAGGCUUUUAGCGUGCUGGUGAAGAUUAUGUUUGACUACGGCCUCAGGGACCUCUUCAAGCAGAACUUUGAGGAUCUGCACUGCAAGUUCUUCCAACUUGAGAGACUCAUGCAGGAGUACAUCCCGGACCUGUACGCCCACUUCCUGAACGUGGGUCUGGAGGCCCAUAUGUAUGCGUCGCAGUGGUUUCUCACGCUUUUCACCGCCAAGUUCCCCCUCUACAUGGUGUUCCACAUCAUCGACCUGCUGCUGUGUGAGGGCAUCAGUGUGAUCUUCAACGUGGCGUUGGCCUUACUCAAGACGUCUAAGGACGACCUGCUCCAGACGGACUUUGAGGGGGCGCUCAAGUUCUUCCGGGUCCCGGUGCCCAAACGCUACCGCUCAGAGGAGAACGCCAAGAAACUGAUGGAGCUAGCCUGCAGCAUAAAGAUCAGUCAGAAGAAGCUGAAGAAGCAUGAGAAGGAGUACCACACCAUGAGGGAGCAGCAGGAGCAGCAGGAGGCUCCCAUCGAGAGAUACGAGAGGGAGAACAGGCGGCUUCAGGAGGCUAACAUGCGUCUGGAGCAGGAGAAUGACGACCUGGCCCACGAGCUGGUCAGCAGCAAGAUCGCCCUGCGCAAGGACCUGGACAACGCUGAGGAAAAAGCGGACGCUCUGAAUAAAGAGCUGCUGAUCACUAAGCAGAAGCUGGUCGACUCGGAGGAUGAGAAGAGGAGACUGGAGGAAGAGUCAGCACAGCUGAAGGAGAUGUGUCGAAGGGAGCUGGACAAAUCCGAGUCGGAGAUCAAGAAGAAUGGCUCAAUCAUCGGCGAGUACAAGCAGAUCUGCUCACAGCUGAGCGAGCGUCUGGAGAAGCAGCAGACGGCCAACCGCAGCGAGCUGGACAAGAUCCGGCUGAAGGUGGAUGGCUGUGAGAAGUGCAGCGGCCUCUUCAGUAAGGAGGGCCGCCUGAAGGUGGCGGUGGCGAGCAAGCCUGGCGAGGGGGAGGAUCCAGACCAGGAGAAGGAGGAGCUGCAGAACCAGCUCAGGGAGAUGGAGCUGGAGUUGGCCCAGACCAAACUACAGCUGGUAGAGGCCGAGUGCAAGAUCCAGGACCUUGAGCAUCACCUGGGCCUGGCCCUCAACGAGGUCCAAGCGGCCAAGAAGACCUGGUUCAACCGAACGCUGACCUCCAUCAAGACGGUAACGGGAGCCCAGGGCAAAGAGACCACCUAACCAAGAGCACAGAGAACAAGAACACAGAGAGAGAGAGAGAGAGAGAGAGAGAGAGAGAGAGAGGAAAUAAAAAACACAAUAGAGAAAGACUCCUUUACCUCCCUCCCUCACUCCUUCACCCUGAGUCCCCGUCUCCCUCUCCUCCAGCUCUGGUCCGUAGAGCUCCCCCUCUCUACCGGCUCAGACCCAAUGAAAACGAACCACGUUUGCUUUCUUGUCUUUCUUUACAUCUUUUCUUUUCUUUCUUUCUUUUUCUUUUCUUUUUUUUUUAAAGAAAAAAUGAACUUUUUUUGCUUAUAGGGGUCAGAUCGGACCGGAAAUGAAAUUAAAUUUGAAAGUGAACCAAACCAGUGAUCCGUUGCUUGAGGCAGAAGAGAGGGCUUUAACUCCUGGGUCUUUAUACUACUGAUAUUUAACAGCUUAGGAGGGAGACCCGUGCCCAAGCACCUGGGCCGCCUCAACUGGGAUCUUAGAUACACUCCAUCAGCACCACUGCAGAGGCUGGCCAAGCACUAACACACACACACACA